AUGCGUGAAUGGAAAGUACCAAGACAGUUUUUUUUACCUUUUUUUUUGUUUUCAGGCAGCUACUCGCUAUUGGAAUCUGACGGAACCAAACGCACUGUGGACUACACUGCCGAUUCCCUGAACGGGUUUAACGCCGUUGUACACAAGGAGCCAGCCCUGACUGUUGCUGCCGCCCCCGUUGUCGCCAGAGCUGCCCCAAUUGUGCACGCUGCCCCCGUUUUAGCAUAUGCUGCCCAUCACGAACUGGCUAGACCCUGGUAA